AGCUUCACUGGCUGAAAGCUGCGGGUGCUGGAUUCUGCACGGGCGGUAGGUGCGGGUUAGUCCCGCAGGCAGGGCUGGGGAUUGGCAGCGCUGCUACUACUGAAGCCUCCUCUCUGCUCCAUGCUUGCUGUCCACGGCCAGCCCGGCUUAUCUUAUCUACACUAGAGUUACAAUGCACCGGUGUUCUGUCGAGUACUGCUACCCGUCGAUAUGUGCUUCUUGGCGGUACUGCGCAUGCGCUGCCCCCUUCUCUCCAAACGAACUGAAGCCAUGGCGCGGGCGAUAAGCUCAGUUUAUCAACACAGCUAAACCUGCCUGUUUCUAACAGAAUCGCCGAGAAACGGAGUUAACUAGUUAAAACUGCUGGACUUGUUGGAGUUUACGAGCUGUUUAUGUAGCUAGCUAACUAGCAAAAGAAGAACUUAGACCAUGUCCGCUGUAGUUCUUCAAGUUGGACAGUGUGGGAACCAGCUGGGCUUUGAGUGGUGGAGGCUCCUUACCAAAACAUCAAAACACCAUAAGAAGAGGUGUUCCUUCAGCUCCAGAAGUGGAAACCUAGCAGCCGUGUGUGUGGACACUGAGCCCAAAGUCCUCCGAGGAGCAUCUAAAUUCGUAAAAAAUAAUGAAUUUCGAGCCUCCAACAUCAUCGAGGGGAAGGGAGGACGUGGAGGGAACUGGGCUUACGGAUACCACGGAGGCCCGAGUGAAGGUGAGACAGGAGUUCUCCAGAGGACAAUGGAGGCAGUUCGACAGGAGGCGGAGAGACAGGAUUACUAUGGUGGAACAAUCCUUCUGCACAGCCUGAGUGGAGGCACAGGGUCAGGGCUUGGCUCCAGACUGUGUGAGCAAAUCCGUGAAGAGUUUCCCGUGGGUCACGUGCUAACGGUCUCGGUUGUUCCUCAUCAGAGUGGAGAGAGCCCCCUCCAGCACUACAACACCGCGCUGAGUCUGGCAUCGCUGCACAGGUCAGCAGAUGGAGUACUGCUGUUUCACAACGACCAUGCCUUGUCUCAAUGUGCUGGAAGCCCUGAGAGGUCCUCCACCCGACCGCAAGGUUCGCUUUCGGCUGUGAACACACGGCACGCCUCACACCUGGCUGGACUUCUCCUACCAGUGCAGAGCCUUGCUACACUCGGUUUGGGAAUGGAGCCUUGGGAGCUGAUCCGGUCUGUAUGUCCCGUUCCUUCAACCAAACUCCUGAGCUCCACCCAGGCCUCGUCACGUGAGAGGUCGCACUGGGACAGUCUGAUCAGUGGAGCGCUCCAGUAUCUACCUCAGAUUUCACCUGCUGGAAAACCUUAUUCUAGUCGAGCUGUGUUGGCGGUUGCCCGUGGCGACCACGAUAACUCUUUUGGCACUUCGAGCAUCAUUCAAAGACUCAGACACAGGUGUGUCAGGUGGAAUCCUUUUCCUGUAGACUCCUGGACUGAUCCGCUGAAUGAGCUCGGGGUCGCCGGAUCCUCUCGGCUGCUCACCUUGUGCUCCAAUCACAGCAGCGUUACAGAAUUAUUAGGACGGGUAGUUCAGCGGGCUGGAGACAUGCUGCACGCUCGGGCCUACCUGCACUGGUACCAGCGCUACGGAGUGGAGCCUGAGGAGAUCCAGCAGGCCUUAAACACGCUGUCAGACAUCGUACAAGAGUAUGACUCACAGUGAUGCUUCAGACUGUUACUGAACACUGAUAUUACAUCACCAGGAGCACUGGACACUGUUCAACACGUACAGAUGAACUCACCUACAGACAUGAUCUGAAAUAAUUUGCGACUUAGUCUUGUUACAUUAAAAGGACAGAAAAAGCAGUUGUUACUUGUGGGUUCACUAGUAAAAAGUUACUUUCUCCACAGUGAAUCACAAAUUCCCCAAUCAUAGUGUUACACGGUAUACUGAUACUAGAAAAGUGUCUCAAUACUUCAUUAUUAAAAACGGUACAAUUCCCCGUUUUUUCAAUAGAGUUACUUAACCCAAUUGGCACCAGGCUUUGCGUUCGACACUAAGAUUUCACCUUGUCAUCUUCGUAACUCAAGAAUGCCUCAACACAUCAGCGAAAACCAUAUACAGUGCCCUCCAUAAUUAUUGGCACCCCUGGUUAAGAUGUGUUCUUUAGCUUCUCAUAAAUUGAGUUUUGUUCAAAAUAAUAUAGGACCACGAUGGAAAGAAAGAGUAAAAUACAACCUUUAACUCAAGUGAAUUUAUUCAGUAGGAAAAAAAUCCCACAUUAAGAAAUAAUUAUUUAACAUCAAAUCAUGUGUGCCACAAUUAUUAGCACCCCUGAUGUUAAUACUUUGUACAACCCCCUUUUGCCAACAAAACAGCACCUAAUCUUCUCCUGUAAUGUUUCACAAGAUGGGAGAAUACAGAAAGAGGGAUCUUUGACCAUUCCUCUUUGCACAUUCUCUCUAAAUCAUCCAACGACCUGGGUCCUCUCCUCUGCACUCUCCUCUUCAGCUCACCCCACAGGUUUUCAAUGGGGUUGAGGUCUGGGGACUGAGAUGGCCAUGGGAGGAGCUUGAUUCUGUGUGCGGUGAACCAUUUCUGUGUAGAUUUGGCCACAUGUUUAGGGUCAUUAUCUUGCUGAAAGACCCAGUGACGACCCAUCUUCAGCUUUCGGGCAGAAGCCACCAGAUUUUGUUUUAAAAUGUCCUGGUAUUUUAGAGCAUUCAUGAUGCCAUGCACCCUAACAAGGUUCCCAGGGCCUUUAGAAGAGAAACAGGCCCACAGCAUCACUGAUCCCCCACCGUAUUUCACAGUGGGCAUGAGGUGCUUUUCUGCAUACUCAGCUCUUGUGUUACGCCAGACCCACAUAGAGCAUUUGUUGCCAAAAAGCUCUAUCUUUGUUUCAUCUGACCAAAGCACACGGUCCCAGUUGAAGUCAUAGUACCGCUUAGCAAACUCCAAACGUUUGCGUUUAUGAUUGUGAGUGAGAAAUGGUUUCUUCCGUGCAUGCCUCCCAAACAGCUUGUUGGCAGGUAGAUAGCGCCUGAUGGUUGUUUUGGAGACUUUGUGACCCCAAGAAGCUACCAUUUGUUGCAAUUCUGUAACAGUGAGCUUUGGAGAACUUUUUAUUUCUCUUAUCAUCCUCCUCACUGUGCGUGGUGGCAAAAUAAACUUGCGUCCUCGUCCAGGCUUGUUUACCACUGUUCCAGUUGUUUUAAACUUCUUAAUAAUUCCUCUGACAGUAGAUAUGGACAGGUGUAGGCGAGUAGCGAUUUUCUUGUAGCCAUUGCCUGACUUGUGAAGGUCAACACACAUCUGCCUCACUUGAAUGGUAUGUUCCUUUGUCUUUCCCAUGUUGAAGAUAAUUGGCCUCUGUGUCACGUCAUAUUUAUACCCCAGGGAAACAGGAAGUUGUGAAUUACUAAUUAAAUGUUCCUACAUACUCUGAUCAACUUCGUAAACUACUGUAGAAGUGACAGAAAUACUUUUAUUAAAUUUAUUUCCUAAGAAUUGUUAGGGGUGCCAAUAAUUGUGGAACAGGUGAUUUUAUGAAGAAUAAUUAUUUCUUAGUCAGGGAUUUUAUUUCCCCCUUAAAAUUUACUUGAGUUAAAGGUUGGACUUUACUUUUUUUCCCAUCGUGGUCCUAUAUUAUUUUGAACAAAACUCAAUUUAUGAGAAGCUAAAGAACACAUUUUAACCAGGGGUGCCAAUAAUUAUGGAGGGCACUGUAUAUGGCUAGAAAGAGCUGAAAAGAAAUCCUACAGUUUCUACAGUGAGGAUCUGUGAUUAAUCUAUUGUGGAAAACAAUAAGCGCUCAAUCAAAGUUUCUUUCAAAGCCCAGCUCAUGCAGCUUUGCCAUCAAGCUGCCGGCGCUCAGAGGGAGCAAAAUUGGCCCUGCUCCCUCUGGGUGGGUAGAUGGCGCUCUCUCCCCACAUCACUCCUAGGGUGAUGUCCGCAGCACAGGGCGUCUGUGAGCUGAUGUAUCAGAACCGAGUCACUGUGCUUUCCUCCGAGCGCAUUGGCUGCUCGGCAAUGCUGCAUCAGCAGCAGCUCGAAAAGAAGCGGUGGCUUCACAUGUAUCGGAGGAAGCAUGUGUUAGUCUUCACCCUCCUGGUGUGUUGUUGCAUCACUAGUGAUAGGGAGAGUCCUAAUGAGUGGGUUGGGUAAUUGACCUUGUAAAUUUAGAACAAUUUGAAAUAAAAUUAUAUAUAUAUAAAAAGUUUCCUUUAAAGUAACUUUCUGUGGCUCAUUUACUGCUUUAUUUCUUAGUUUCUGAACUAUAAUCCAGUCUCUGAGGCUCUGAGCUCUGUGUCAUCUCUGAGUUUCCCCAUGGCUGUGUUUUACACCAUCUCAGAACCUGAUAUCAACACAUGGGCUUGUAAACAAUGUUUUUGAAUCACAAACACCACUCAAAUCACAUGAUAAUUCACGAAAAAUCAAAAGAUAUCUUUUAAACAUCUUUUAAGUACCUUAUUUUACAGAUUUCUCUGCUUUCUAAUGAUUGUAAAUUAAAACACAGAACAAUGAUUCUUUUCUUGAAUUUUAAUUCCAAACGGGAGUGCGUGGGCUUACAGACAAAGUGAACCAACAAAGAAAUUCCAUAAAUGUACUAUGUUCUUACUUGAAGAAGAAACAUCGUCAAAAUGUUACUCGAUCCUGUUUUUUUAUAGUAAUAAAAUAAAUAUAUUUUUU